AUGGGAUGCUCCUUAAAAAAAGAAAAACAAUUCUCAACUAUCAAUAUUAACGAAUAAAAUACUUGUUAUUUUGUGAUAAUUAAUAGAGACUAAGAACUUAAAAAGUUUAAAAAGACAUGCAGAUUCUCAAAUUCUAUACCAAUAUUAGGCUCUAUAAGUAUUAUUUAACAUUCAGUAAAAUCUAGAUUAUAGUACUAUAAUUUCAAGAAGAAACAAACUAUUUCAAUCAUAAAUUAAUGGAAAAGUAUUGGAAAUAAAUAAUAUUGACACUUCAUCCUCAGAACAACAUAAAAAAUGA